CCUCUCCCUCGUAAUUCGUAGUUUCGUCUCUGCCAUAAACCCUAAUAUCCCCAAAACCCAUAGAUUCUCCGGCAACCGACGUGCUAUUGCUUUGAUUUCGUUAUUGAUACCGAAUCCCUAAUCCAGGAAUCUCCAAUUUUGUCCGCUGUAUUCCUGUUGUUUCUUUAUCUCUUCUGGAAUCGUUCUAGUCGACCAGACAACUCGUCAGCUGUUCAGCGUUGUAGUAGAAUUUCAUGUCGAUUUUGUUUUUCUCUCUUGAAGAUGUGAUGGUGGUGCAAAAUGGAGGGAGGUAAAGGGGUUUCUGGUGCGGAGAAUGGGGGUUCGAGCUACGGUGGGAAGCCCCCGAAUCCUCUCCCCUCCUCUGUCGGUGGCGCCGCGGCUACUGCAUGCAAGCAGUGCUUGGAUGGUGAGCGUGUGGUUGCGCCUUGCAACAAGAAGUCGCUGGUUCGACACCCUUCUCUGGUAAAGACAAAGGUUUCAGAUAUAUCUGUAGAGGAUGAGCUAAUUAUAGAGAAGGAUAGAUCUGAGUUUGUUCCUUCUGUCCGCUCUGGAGCUUGGUCAGACAUUGGCUCUCGACCAAACAUGGAAGAUGUUUACCUAUGCGUUGACAAUUUCAUGGGUGAUUAUGGCCUCAAGAAUUCUGAGCCAAGUUCUUUUUAUGGGGUCUUUGAUGGGCACGGUGGGAAACAUGCUGCUGAUUUUGCUAGUUAUCAUUUACCGAGGUUUAUUGUGGAGGAUGAGGAGUUCCCUAAAGAAAUCAAGAAGGUGCUCUCUUCAGCAUUUCUCCGGACAGACACUGCUUUUGCCGAGGCUUGUGCUUUGGAUGCGGGACUUGCUUCUGGAACCACUGCUUUGGCAACUCUUAUUUUUGGAAGAUUGUUGGUGGUGGCAAACGCCGGAGACUGUAGAGCAGUGUUGUGCAGACGAGGGAAAGCCAUUGAAAUGUCGAGAGAUCACAAACCCGGGUGCAACAAAGAGAGAGAACGAAUCGAAGAGUCAGGUGGAUAUGUAUAUGACGGUUACCUAAACGGGCAACUUAGCGUGGCUCGAGCCAUCGGAGACUUUCACAUGGAGGGCAUGAAGAAUAAGAAGAAGAAAGACGGGCCAAAUUGUGGUGGAGGACCUCUAAUAGCCGAGCCCGAGGUAAUGAAAACCAAGCUAACUGAGGAAGACGAGUUCCUCAUCAUCGGGUGUGACGGGAUAUGGGACGUUUUCACGAGCCAAAAUGCCGUGGAUUUUGCUCGGAGGAGGUUGCAAGAGCACAAUGAUCCAGGCAUUUGCAGUAAAGAAGUGAUCGAGGAGGCGUUGAAGAGGAAGAGCCGAGACAAUAUGACGGUGGUCGUGGUUUGUUUGAAGGCAGAGCCGCCCCUGAGCUUGGUGGCUCCUCGGUCAGCAGACACUAGGGUUCACCGGAGCUUCUCUGCGGAGGGUCUUAAGGAGUUGCAGAGCUUCUUGGAUAGCCUCAAGUGCUGAAACAGAGACUGACGACUGGUGGCGACUAAAUUUUUUUUUUUUUUUUUUUUUGUGGGGGGUUUAAAUAUGUUUCUAUUACAAAUUACAAAUCAAAUCAAGGGUUUAGGUUUUUGGGUUUUUUCAUCUGUGUUUAAGUAAUUCUAUUUAAAUUUUAGAAAGUUGGAAACUGUGCAAUAUGCGGCGGAAAACAUGAUUUGUUAUGAGGUAAAGGUUGCUAUUA